AUGGCAGUGAAUUUACUUGGUAAUUCAGAUAUCGAUGCACGUGUUAUUCUUAAUGUAGGUGGUACACGUUUUGAAACAUUAAAAUCAACAUUAAAAAAAUUACCAGCUACACGUUUAUCAAAAUUAACUGAACAAUUAUCAUAUUAUGAUCCAAUAUUAAAUGAAUAUUUUUUUGAUCGUCAUCCAGGUGUUUUUUCUCAAAUAUUAAAUUAUUAUCGUACAGGAAAAUUACAUUAUCCAUUAAAUGUUUGUGGACCUUUAUUUGAAGAUGAAUUAUCGUAUUGGGGUUUACAACGUGAAGAUGUUGAACCAUGUUGUUGGAUGACUUAUACAAAACAUCGUUCAACAGCUGAAACGUUAUCAAUAUUAGAUAGUUUAGAAUUAGAUACUGUACGUUCAUCGAAACAAGAAGUACUUAAAAAAUUUGGUUGGGAUGAUAAUUAUGAUUAUGCACAAGGUCGUUUACCAAAAUAUAAAAAGAUGAUGAUGAUUAUAUGGCAAAUAUUUGAAGAACCACGAUCUUCAACUGUAGCUAAAGUUGUUACUGUGAUUUCAAUAUUUUUUAUUCUUGUUUCAAUACUUUCUUUUGUUUUACAAACAUUAUCAAUGUUUCGUAUAACUGAAAUCGAUUUUAUUAAUGUUUAUAUUAAUAAAACAACAACAGAUCGAACACCAACAUUAAAUCGACAACAAGUACAUCCAACAUUUGAUAUUGUUGAAUGGAUUUGUAAUUCAUGGUUUAUAUUUGAAAUAGUCAUGAGGUUUAUAGUUAGUCCAAAUAAAAAAGAAUUUUGUAAAUCUACAUUAAAUAUAAUUGAUUUUCUUGCAACAUUUUGGUUUUAUUUUACAUGGGCAUUAAUAAAAUUAAAUGUUAAUGAUAAUGAAGCACUUGAUUUAUUAUCAACAAUACGUAUAAUGCGUUUAUUUAAAUUAUUUAAUCAUCAUCCUGGUUUAAAAGUUAUUAUAACAUCAAUGCAAUAUUCAUCAUCUGUUUUAUGGUUAUUAAUAUUUUUUGUUUUAAUUGCUGUUGCUGUAUUUGCAUCAUUAAUUUAUUAUGCUGAACGUAUGACAAAAAAUCCUGAUAAUAUGUUUACAUCAAUACCUGAUGCCUUAUGGUUUAAUAUGAUUACAAUGUCAACAAUAGGUUAUGGUGAUUAUUAUCCAAAAACUAUGUUAGGAAUGUUAGUUGGUGCUGUUUCAACAGUUGCCGGUGUAUUGAUUAUUGAUUUACCUAUGCCGAUUAUUGUUGAAACAUUUGCAAAUUUUUAUACUCAUCUUCGUGCACGUUCAAAAUUACCGAAAACUCGACGAAAAAUUGGUCCAGCUGAAUUAACAGUUAAAAAACGUACACCAAUAUCAGCAAUAGAUCAUGGACAAAAUCUUAAAUUACUUGGACAAACAACAACAACAACAACAACAAAAUCAUCGAUGUUUGGAAGUAAAACAAUGAUAAAUAAUAAUCUUAUGUCAUCGAUGGCAUAA